GGUUGUUUGGUGACUUUCUGGCUUCUCCCGUGCCCGCUGGUCAUCCCCACAGCGCCAAUAAACAGACCUCCGGUGCAUGGACGGCUGCCCGCUCACCAGAACUCAACCGCAACAGAAGUGUUCUGUGGCAGCCUUACCAUAACUCCGUUGGUGCCUCCUGGUGAUCUAGUCGCGCAUAUCUCAAUCCUUCUCCCCUCCAGAGUCAUUGCGCUCCAAUUCUCUCUCGGCUGCAGAUCCAUCGGGAGCUUCAGCAACUGCGUCAUCGCACCGGUCCUGGAUGCUGAAUGAUCAGCGGUGGCCGCUGCUGCCAGCUUCAUGAUCAUCCGUCACUUUCGAACAUCAUAACAGAGCAGGCCUGUGAACUGGGUUCCUCGAGCGCUUCGAUCCACCUGCUGCCGGCCCAUGGUGGUCUGGACGCUGCGCUCUCAACAUGGCCGCCUUUGUGCGAGUGUCCGGUCCGCCGAAUGGUAACUUCCUCAUCGGCUACCCGGGCAUAUCUGCCACCAUGCCGCGAAUCGAGGGGAAGGUGGAGAUUCGACCCAGCGUUGGGAUCACAGCUCCUGUCCGCAUAUCCAUGGUCACAAUCGCCCUCCAGCGUCGAGAGACAAUACACCCUUCAGCCGACUCGAUGACGAAGAAACAUUUAGCAGCGCCUAGAAAAGAAAUCACAGAUGUUGUAGGGAAGGAGAUGCUUCUGUAUCGAUGCGCCGCCGGUCGAGAUUAUGAAGAAAUCACGUCAAUGGAUCUACCAUUUGUCCUGUUCAUACCAUGGGGGAGAGGAGGUCAAGAGGCGUCGAGACGGGUGCCACCAGCAAGCUUGCAACUACCGAGUCGGACAGCUGAAACCUACUAUGAAAUGGUCGUGAUGGUACAACAGGGAUCGCAAGAGCAGAGGAAAUACGCGUUUCCAGUGCCGAUAUGUCGAUACGACACGCUCUCGACAUUUGGGAUGUAUAAUCGACCAGAGUCAGCAGAGAGAGUCUCGGAUCAUUUGGUCACCCUUGGUAUCUCAUUACCACGGUGGUCUUACGGGCCUCUCGAUCCUGUGAGCGUCUACGUGAAACUGUCGCCUAAUCCGGAUUGGUUGAGUAAAGCCAAGAAAGUUACGAUAAACAAGAUCACGAUUGGCAUUGAUGAAGAGAUUAUAUAUAACCACGAAGGAGAUGAGCCGCAACGAAAAGUGAAGACCUUAACAAAAAAGACGGAAACGAUAGGAAUUAAGCUCCCGGAUACCGGAUAUCUUACGCAUUUGGGGCUUGUUUUCCCGGCGAAGGAUAUGCGCGACGCUGAUGGAAUUCUCCCACGAGGCAGGGCCGCAUUUCCGCUUCACGCAGUCAGUGGUUUCACAACCACAGCCAGUCUCUACAAAAUCGAGUACUAUGUGACUGUCAAGGCUCAUUUGACUUCCGCUCGAGACAUUAUUAUCCGUCAGCCGAUUGUCGUUUGCCCCAUCGACCAUGCUGGGUGUAAAUUAGAGAUGGAGGCCAUCGAGCAAGCCGCCCGGGAUGCAGCAUAUAUCAAUCCUGACAACCCUCUGUUACCGCUUCCAACCGUAGUCCGGCCGAGCGAUCCUAACGCAUUGUCAUCUCUUGGUGUCGCUAUAGUGGGCAACCAUAAGAAACCACUUAUCGACUGAGGCAUUGGCAUGAAUACAAAGUCAAUUCAGGUCCCAAUAGCCUUCAAACGGCGUCUCAGUCUCCCGGGCGGGCAUAUACGACUCGCAUUGUAUCCGGAGAAUAUGGAAAUGGCCCGUUUAGUCACGCAAUCCCGCCGGGUUCGGACUGCUGUUCAUAUCUAUUGUCUGACUCAAUAGUACAGACAAGCAUUACCCUUCUUUGCUUAC